UAUUUAUAACAAAGUUGAAAAAUAUUUAGCGUUAUACAGCAUUGGAAUGGAAUCUAAAAAACGGAUUACCAUUGUACCGGAACCUGUGCAAGAUACUCCUGACGAUAUUUUUAAAUCUGUGGAAGCUACUCCUGGAGAUGAAAACACUGAUCGAAAUGUACAGGUCGAGAGUGUUUUACGAAUUAUUGAUGAAUCAAUUCGAAAACUAAGAAUCUCACUUAUAUUACCAAAUAUAUUUGAAAAUCCCAGGUUGUUCCGAGAUUGCUUAAAAAAAAGUCGAUUUGAACCCUGUGCAGAUGCUCUGGAUGCUUAUUUGCAUAUUAAAAAGAGUGUACUUAGAGAACCACCACCACAUCGAAAUUUUAGAGUUAUUAAACUAAUUGAUAUGUUUCUUGAAAACUAUGAAAUGAUUAAAUUAUUGCCUAACUGGAUUUCUAGAUGCAGUUUAGGUGAUAAAGCUAUGUUGGAAGGUCUUGACGUAUUAUUUAAAAUUGCAAAGGAACGUUUCCGGCAAACGGCUGUAGAUGAAUUGAAGAAGGAAAGAAAAAUACAUGAACUUUAUUUAGAAAAUGAGCGAAUAAAAACAAAUAUAAAAUCUUUUCAAAAUAAAUUAAAAAAUCAAAAAAUAAGUUUACGUUGGAAAAUGGCUGCAAAAGACGUUCUUAUACAUAAAACGGAAGAAGAUUUGGCCUUUAAAAAAUGGGAUAAUAAUCUCCGCAUCAAAGAGGAAAUUGAUAAGUCGGCAAAACGUGUUCAAGGCAUACAAACUGCAAGCCUCGCAAAACAAAAAGAACUUGAAGAAGAAUUGGAAAAGGUUAAAUUACAAUACGAAAAAGCAAUAAAAGAAUUUCUUCAACAAGAAAAGGAUGCUCGUGAUGAGAAAAAUAAGCUUUUACUUCAAUUGCAGUCACUUAAUAAAAAAUAUGACCAAAACAUUGGUGAUAAAAUGAAAGAGAACUUAUAUCUUAAAGAUUUUCAUGAACGCCAAAAAAUAGAGUUUGAAAUAUUUAUGGCGAGAUAUUCAAGAGAAGAAGCAAUUUUCCAAGAGUUGGUUGUUAAUGUGAGAGAAGAAGAAGAACGUCGCCAUGAAGAGGAAGUGGAAGCAUUCAGACAAAACCGCGCAGUUCGAGUUUUGCAGAAAUAUUGGCGAAUAUAUAUGAAAAAGUUAAAGGCUCGAAAAAAGGCGGAAAAAUCUGCUAAGUCACCAAAAGGUAAAAAGGCUGGAGAGGCUGGAAAAGGUGAAGAGGGCGCAAAGGGCAAGAAGAAGAAGAAGAAAUAAUAGACGUACCAUUUUUAAAGUAAUGUAAAAAAUACAGAAAAUUUGAAU